AUGAAAUAUAACAUUGAUGAUAUAGUUACGGUCAGAAAUGAAAUAGGAUCUAUAAGAUACAUUGGAGCUACAAAAUUCGCACCAGGUAUUUGGUAUGGUAUUGAAUUAAAUAAUCCUAAUGGGAAAAAUGAUGGAUCAGUACAAGGUGAGAAAUAUUUUGAAUGUUCUAAAUCAGGUUUAUAUGGUGUAUUUGUUAGGGAAAGUAUGAUAUUAGAAGCAGAUGAUGAUUUGGGGCAGUUAAAGUUGAAAUUAAAAUUAGCAACUGAGGAGAAUUUACAAUAUAAAGAUGAAUUAAAUAAAAUCACUGCUAAGCUUCAAUUAAAAAUACGGCAGUUUCAUGAAGUGGAGACUAAGUUAGAUAUGUCCAAAGUUGAUAAUGAAUAUCUUCAGAGUACAAAGUUAUCAUUGGAGCAAAAAAUAGAAGAAUUAAGCAGUAAGUAUCAAACAUUACAAGAAGAAUAUUCAAUAGUUAGUGAAGAGUUGGAGAUAAAUCAUGAAUUAGAGAAAGAACUAAAAAAUCUUGAUGUAGGGGUAUUCACAUCAUCUGAAAUUCAGAAAAUUGUUGAUCAAAACAGAGUAAAUGAAGAAUUGAUUAAAAAAUUAAACCAGGAAAAAGUUUCAAGUGUUCAGCACAUCACUUUAUUCGAGAAGGAGAUAUCAGCUGUUAAGGCCCUGGAGAAUCAUCUAAAAAACACUUUGACAGAGAGCAGUGCAACAAUUGAACAUUUAAAAGAAAGAGUUGAGUCCUUUGCAGAACUUGAAAAAAUUACAGAUAAAUUGUCUUUAGAAAAUGAAGAGUUGGUGAAAACUAUAUCUAAACUCCAAAGUACUAUUGAUGAACUUACUGAAUUGCACGAACUAAAUUUGAAGAUUGAGGACGAUUCAAAAGCCAAUGAAUUAGAGUUACUACAGAAGUUAAAUUCGUUAGAAUUGGUUAUAGAUCAAGAUCGGUUGAAGAUUGCAUCCUUAGAAAAGCAAUUAAUUGACCACGAAAGUACAAUCAAUGGAACAGGCAAUCCAAUAAAUGCAGUUGCUGAUACAAAAGAGGUAAAGCAAUUGCAAGAUCAACUAACGAAAUACAGUGCUGAGUUAGCAAGAUCUAAAUUUGAGAUGAAAAUGUCAAAAUUAAAGUUGGACCUUUACAAAAAAAGAAAUGAGAAGAAAUUUUUGGCCAAUUUAGAUAAGUUAUAUGUUGAUUUGGUUUUUGAUUUCCAUUAUCAAGUGGAGUUGUUGAGUAUCUUGGCUGAAAAAAGUUUAGGAAAUUACCCAUUUGUUUUCAAAGCUACAACGAAUGUUCAUGAGAUGCUAAUAAAGUUACUUGAAUACAACUACAACCACAGGGAGGUAACUUUUUUAAAAGAAUUGUCAGCAAAAUAUUAUCAGCAGAGUAGUCUGAUUAUUGAAUCAUUGAUUAAUUCUGAGAAAAUCGAAGACGAAUCAAGGGAAAAUAUCCAAUUGUUGUUGGAAGAGAAUUUAAAUGUUGUGACAAAUCUAGCUUCAGAUGAUAAAGUUUUCUGUCUAAAACAAUUUUAUCUAUUCAAGCAAUUAAAAAUACUUAUCGAUGAAAUUUUAAAAAAUCAGAGUCAAGAUCUGACUGCGUUGGAUAAUUUUAAUGCACAAUUAACAGAGGCUUUAAAGUUUGAACAAAAUAUUAAUGCAGUGUUCCCACUUGACAGCUACUUGCUAUUGAACAAAUUUUUUGAACUGGUUGUUAGUACAACUAGUGGUGAAAUUCCAAGUGAAUUGAGCAGUUCAUUUGAGUCACUGUUCAAAGAUUUAAAACUUGAGUUCAAAAUUUUCACUGAUCCAUUAAUUUCUAUAUACGAUAUGGAGAUUGUCUCAUCACCUUCAAUACCAGAUAAUAGUGAAUUGCUUACCACCAAAGAUAAUGAAAUUACAGAUCUUAAACUCAAUAUAGCAUUAUUACAACAGAAUAUGAAAUUAUUCACCAAGCAAACAAAAUCUAAAAUACAAGAGUUAGAAAAUCAAUUACAAAUUGCAAUUGAUGAGAAAGAAAUUCAAUCCAAAACCAUAAGUCACUUAGAGAAAGAGAAGUUUGAACUCAAAAAUCAAGUAAAUGCAAUUGAUAAUGAUUCUUUAUUUCUAAACAAAAAAUUCGAGACAAUUGAAACUCAAAGGGAAUACAAUGAGAAAAUAAAAAAAUUAGAAAGAUUGAUUGAAUUAAAACAAAGAGCUAGAUCCAUGAAUAUUGACGAUCUAUCUUGGCUCAAUUUUGAUAAUAAUAUUAAAAUUUGGUCGCCAGUAACUCCAUUACAAAGUUUAUCGAGAGAUAUAAGGAAAAUAGCAGAAAAUACUCAAUUGAUAAGUAUAAAUUCAACUAAUGAUCUAUGA